UUUGACUUAGCACUUUUGUAUCGUUUUUUAAAAAACCAAAACUUUAUCCCGAUUUAUUUUAAAACUGGACGACUUAAAUAAUAAAUAAGAUAUUUCUUUUCCAACAAAUGCCACCUUCCGCCCAUAAAGCCUCAGAAAAGGCACUUAACUCAAAACGAGCAAAACGUCAAACCGCAACUAAACCAAAUUAUUUCGAGGGGAAUUCUUCAGAAAUUGACUCUCCGGAGGACUAUGACCCUAUGAUGACAGACACGGCCUUUGACGGCGGUGACUCGGAGUUUGGAGUAGAGCCCAUGAGAAUUGACGAUGAGGAGUCCAUGAGAAGAUUCAAUGAUGAGCGAGAAGAGGGAGAGGCCUCCGAAGACCACCGCGAAACGCAAGUUGACCAGAAAAAAGAAAAAAAGCGACAAGAGAUACUUGACCGGAUAGAGCGUUUCCAAAAAGAAUUUAUUAGUAGAAAGGAUGAGAUAUUUAAAGAAAGCAUAAGACAAAUCAAUCAAGAUAUAAAAGCAAUGAGAGAAGGUACACAUCCGGAAUAUGAAGAACGUUUGCAGCAACUUAUUGAUAAGCGCGAGCAGACACUCGAAAAAGCAAGGUUAUAUAGAGACUAUAGACUUGAAUGCGUAGAAAAAAUGUUUGAUGCCGAACAACGACAGGUCGAAGAAGAUUAUUUGGCAGAGAAACAAGGAUUAAAAGAACAAAUGUUGGCAGAUAUGGAUGAACGAAGAAAAAAAUUGAAAGAAGAUUUUGAAAGCUUCGAUAUAACGAGCGACGCAGCAAUGGAUGGAAAUCAGCGAUAUCAUCCACAAAGAAAAUUGCGUGCGCGACAAAAGGAAGAUACGGAAGUAAAGGUUAAAAAAACUAAAGUGACUGGACCAUCAGUUUCUGCCAGAUUGCUUGAAAGCGAGAUUAAUGAUGAUUUAGCCGAAAUAGGAAAGGUUUCUCCGAUCAGGAAAUUGGUCCCAUCUCACCAUAAGAAGAAGUAAAUUCUUUAACAAUGCCGAAAUUUUUCAUACUGCGGCGCAGCAAAACGAAAUGAUAUAAACACAUUGAUUGGAUUACGAGAAAUUAAAGCAACAUUCAAAAGAAACAAGAAGAAGUUAAUAGGUAUGCUCUAUUAUUCACUGUAAAAUUUUUAGUUUUGGGAUUCUUCUUUGGAUACAGAAAAUAUCAAAGUUCCUGUUGAAGUAGAUAGUUUAAGCAGUUACAAACAAACGCGAUUUUUAUUUCCGACACUUUAUGAACACGUGGACAUUAUUUAUUACAUAAUUUUGGAACUGCUCGGCUUUGGUUAACGAGAACUCGCUUUAUUAUUGAUAUUCCUUGUUGAACUGUUUUAAUCUCCGAUUGGUUAUUACAUUAUCAUUCAAUUAUUUUAUUUCACAAAUUAAUAAAUGCCUCUCAACGACUCAUGUAAGCAUUUUAUGCAAAUUUUUUAUGAUCGAUUGAUAUUUGAC